AUGUGCACGCUGUUGUGGAGAUGGCGCCUGACGGGGAAACAUGAGAAUGAGCAGGCCCAAAGAGAAGGGCGGGCGUACAGCGUUACGGAGGAGUUCCAUUGGAUGGUGCGAGUGCAGGUCGGAUGCAAUGCUGCCCAGAAAAUCCCUCAGAUGGACCGGGUCUCACGAUCAGCCCAAGACCGUCGAUCCAACCAGACGCAUUAUGGAAGUGUUGGGACGGGGGAAAGGAAACGGAGGAAGUGGAUGGCGACGGUAGAGCGACGCACCGGGGAUUUAUACAUUCGGGACGUCGAGUCGCGAGGCGGUGAAAGGAUGAGUGUGCCUGUUGCGAAUUAG